CGCCCUUGGCCGCUGCCGCGGCGGGCGGCGCGGAGCUCGCGAGCAGCCGGGCGUCUGCCAGCACGGCCCGGCCGGGGGCGGCGCCGGCGCCCCCGACGGUGCUGGAGGUCAGCUCCCGGCGCAGCCCGGUGUUCCGGCGCCUGCAGCGCCUGCUGCAGCGCAAGGGCCGCACGGAGGCGCGCCGCUUCCUCGCGGAGGGGGACGCCUUCCUGCAGAUGCGGCCCCGCACCGUCUUCGUGCGCCGGAGCCGGUGGGAGGGUAGCAGCGGCGCCCAGCUGCGGGCGCUCUGGGCGCGCGUGUGCGGCGGCGCGGAGGUAGUCAGAGGCGGGCCCCGGCGCGGGCCUCGACGCGCGGCCGUUCGCGUGGGGCAGCGCGGCGCUCGACGACUUCGGCCUGGCGGGCGAGGCGCCCGGGCUCGCCGUGCUCUCGGACGAGCUCUACGACGCCGUGUCGAGCCAGGAGCAGCCUCAAGGC